AUGGGAACCACCACUUUGGCUAGUGGGGUAGCCGCUGUUACAGCAGUGGCCGUCGUCGUCUCGUUGGUGACUGUCGUCUACAUCGUCAACGACAUCAACACCUUCUACGAUGACAUCAUCUCUGAACUCGACAGUUUCAAAGACCUUGCCAAUUCCGCAUGGCACGAGAUGAAAUCUACUCCCGAAAUGGCCCGAGACAAACGUGCAGCAUUUGUAGCACGCAGACAGUCUGGCUACAGCACUGGAGGAGGAGGAUCAUGCAACUGUGGCCAACAAGCCAGCGGCUGCCCUGCAGGACCACCCGGACCACCAGGACAACCUGGUUUGGCUGGUGAGCCUGGAGCGCCUGGACAGGCUGGAAGGCCAGGAAACCCCGGUGGCUCCUCUUCGAAUAAUGGGGGCGGUGGUUGCAUCAUGUGCCCAGUCGGUCCUCCAGGACCACCAGGACCUGAUGGAGGUGCUGGACCACCUGGACCUGCCGGAAAUCCCGGAGCUCCUGGAGGCGGAUCUGGAUUGUCACCUCCUGGACCUCCCGGACCACCUGGAGACGCUGGACAACCUGGAAGUAAUGGACAACCUGGAGCUCCCGGUCAACCAGGAGCACCUGGAACUAGCGGAGCAGGACAGCCCGGACCUCCCGGUCCCCCAGGACCAAAUGGAGCACCUGGACAGCCUGGACAGGAUGGCACCAGCGGUGGCGGUAGCAACGCUGGACCACCAGGACCACCUGGACCUCCUGGAAAUCCAGGACAGCCUGGAGCUCCUGGAUCACCCGGAAAUCCUGGAACGGAUGCGACGCCCGGUGGCGAUGGAGAAUAUUGCCCAUGUCCUCCA